CGCUGAGAGAUGCCUCUGCGGGGUGGGCUGCGCCCUCCGUCCCGCUCGCGGUAGCCUGAGCCUGGGGCGGGCUUCUCCGCGCUGGCGUCCGGGAGGCCUCCGGCCAGGGCCGUUCCGGUGUGUAACGGAGCUGCAAGAUAAGUCUGCUUUUUGGUGGCUGCUUUACUCCUGUUCUUGCUCUGCCUUCUCAGCACACCGCCUUUCUACAAGACAAGGGCCUGGAAGAGGAUUGUGUUGACUGUUGGAAAUUGCAAAGUCAUGUUUCAGGUGACGUUCAGUGAUGUGGCCAUCAACUUCUCUCACGAAGAGUGGGGAUGGCUAGAUUCUACUCAGAGGGAUUUAUACAAGGAUGUCAUGGUCCAGAAUUAUGAAAACCUACUCUCUGUAGCAGGUCUUCCCAUACCUAAGCCUUCUGUGAUUACUUUAUUGGAAGAUGGGCAAGAGCCUUGCAAGCUAGAGAAAAAACUGGCAGAAGAUUGGAAAUCAAGGUGGGAAAACAAGGAAUUAUCAACUAAGGAGGAUAUUUAUGAUGAAGACUCAUCCCAAAAAGUAUUAAUAGAAAAAACUGUAAAAGAAAGUCAUGAAUUUUCAAGUGUAAACAGUGACUGGGAAUAUAUGGAGAAGUUGGUAGGGAAGCACAAAAAUCAGGUAGAACAUUUCAGCCCGGUGACCCUCACUUUUAGAGAAAGUCCCACUGGGGAGAGUGUUUACAAAUACAACACAUUUAGGAGCAUCUUUCAUUUAAAGUCUAUUCUUUCUGAACCUCAGAGAAUGUCUGCUGAAGGCAGAUCACAUAAACAUGAGACAUUUAAGAAGACUGUACCCAAAAAGUUAGUCAUAAGAAAUGAGAAUAUCACUGGUAGUAGGAAACUUUUGAAUCCAAAUGAAAGUGUGGCCGGCUUCAGCCAGAGCGCGUCUCUUCCCCUUCACCAGACUUACAAUAGAGAGAAAAUCUAUACGUGUGGUGAGUGUGGGAAAGCCUUUGGCAAACAAUCAAUCCUGAAUCGCCACUGGAGAAUUCAUACAGGAGAGAAACCCUAUGAAUGUCUUGAGUGUGGGAAGACUUUCAGCCAUGGCUCAUCCCUUACGCGACACCAGAUAAGCCAUAGUGGGGAGAAGCCUUACAAAUGCCUUGAAUGUGGGAAGGCUUUCAGCCAUGUCUCAUCCCUCACUAAUCAUCAAAGCACUCACACUGGAGAGAAACCAUAUGAAUGUAUGAACUGUGGAAAAUCAUUUAGUCGUGUUUCACAUCUCAUCGAACACCUGAGAAUUCAUACUCAGGAAAAACUCUAUGAGUGUCGAAUAUGUGGGAAGGCGUUUAUUCAUAGGUCUUCUCUCAUUCACCAUCAGAAGAUUCACACUGGAGAGAAGCCUUAUGAGUGUAGUGAAUGUGGAAAAGCCUUUUGCUGUAGCUCACACCUUACUCGACAUCAAAGAAUUCACACGAUAGAGAAACAAUUCGAAUGCAACAAAUGUCUGAAGGUCUUUAGUAGCCUCCCAUUCCUUAUUCAGCAUCAGAGUAUUCAUACUGAAGAAAAACCCUUUGAAUGUCAGAAAUGCAGGAAAUCCUUCAACCAGCUUGAUUCACUGAAUAUGCAUUUGAGAAAUCACACUAGAUUGAAACCUUAUGAAUGUAGUAUAUGUGGGAAAGCCUUCAGUCAUAGGUCAUCCCUGCUUCAGCAUCACAGAAUUCAUACUGGAGAGAAACCCUAUGAAUGCAUUAAAUGUGGGAAGACCUUCAGCUGUAGUUCAAACCUUACUGUACAUCAAAGAAUUCAUACUGGAGAAAAGCCAUAUAAAUGUAAUGAAUGUGGGAAAGCGUUUAGCAAAGGCUCAAAUCUUACAGCCCAUCAGAAAAUACAUAAUGCAGAGAAACCCAGUAGUGCAAUAAGUGUGGAAGUGUUUAGGCCACGUGAAUCACUAUCUAUGUGAAAAAGCAUACCAGAGAAAACCUGUUUCAUAAAUGUAGAAUUUGUGAAAAUAUACUUUAGCCAUAAAUCUUCCCUGCUUCAACAUCAGAAAAUGUACACUGUAGGAAAGUCUUUGGAAUGUAAUGAAUAUUGAAAAGUUUUUAGUGAUGGUAUAAGUCUUAUUGUCCAUCAGAGUUCAUGCUGUAGAGAGAUCAUGUAAAGGCAAUAAAUGUGGGGAACCCAGUAUUAAUCCUUUAGCUGACAUUUAGUAAAUCCACAUGGGAAAAAAACCGUAUCUGUAACAAGCAUGAGAAAGACAUUAAGCAACAUGAAUCUCUUACACAAUGUGCAAAUACACAGUAGAAAAGCAAUAUGAAUAUAAAAAUUGUGAGAAGUCCUUCAGUUCAAGUGCAGCCCUCAUUCUAAAGAACUCACGCUAGAGGGAAACGUAAGAAAUGUAGCAAAAUGUUCCCUAUGAGUUUCUUAUCUUGCCAGACAGGAGACGGUUAAUUCUAGAACAACUCUGUAGGAAUUACGUGUAAAUCUUUCUUUGCAGUGAUGCCAUUUAUAAUCAGUUCUAUAGAAGAGCAAAUAAGCAUAUUAUAAAUCAAAAUGCUUUUCUUAAUAGCUGUUGCUUACAACUUUAUUCAGGAGUCCUACUCAGAAAUUAUCUUUAGCUAAUGGGCUGUGAAGAUAGACAGUCAUCUGUGGAUCCAGUAAAUGUUUCAAAAUGGUAAAUUAAAGCUGCAAAAGAAAUACAAAAAUGGUGUGAAUAAAAUUUUUGGUCUAAUAAAGUCAUUUUGUAUAUAAUGAACUUUCACUGUGAUACUGGUAUUUCUUACAAUUUUUUUUUACUGCUUCCCUCUUGAAGAAGUAGGACCAGCCUUAUUGGAUACCUUUGAUGAGAGAUACAAACUAGAGGAAAAUGCCCUCACCUCUGUGCUAAUAAUACCUUUUGUGUGUGUGUGAGAAUAAUUAUCACUUCCCUUCAGUUGGCUUAAUUCAUGCAUUUUAAUUUUUACCAGUGCUGUGAGAAUAUAACCAAGAAAUAACAGACUGUGAGUGAAGAGGCUUUUCUAUAAAUGUGCUUUUAGAUCUGAAUCCUAAAGAAUGAGUACUAAUUACGCA